AUGGCUAAUGAAUCUACUCUGAUGGUAUUCAGCGCUCUCUUUCAUUCCUUCGAGCGCCUUUUCGUGCGUUCUGGUUGGUCUCAGUCUUACACAGAUGCCGUUAUUAAUCUGUCUCUCCCACAUUCUUCAGAGCAGGUGCAGAAUAAACUAAACACUGAGCAAGAAUCAGCAACGCGCUAUUUCUGGUUCGGAGCAAAUCAGAUGCGCACCAGUUUGGACUUAAUGCGAUGCAUCCUACAGCCAUUAGAUAAUUUUGUUGCCGAUAAUUCAUCAUAUGGGGAUGACUUGGGACCUGAUGCAAAACAAGGAUUGUCCAAUGGUCGGCUUGUCGUGGUUCUUACCAUGAUACCUUUUGGCAAAAUUUAUACUGUGGGUUUUAAUUUUCGAUCUUUGUGCCACCUUAUCGAUGGCUGCAUUGUGGCACAGUCGGAGAGUGCCGACUUCGGGGAGGACGAAGUCCGUCGGCAUUUGCAGGAUGUUGAAGAGGCCGAUGUCUUCCCUGGCGAAACACUUCAGUCCCAUGUUGUCUGUUCAACUUCUGGCAAUAGUGACGACACCAGCAGUGAGUUGGAUCGGUUUACCGCUGAGUGGCGUAGCGAGGCUGGUAACUUGGCCCAAAUAGCUGUUUCUGUCUUCCAUUUGGCAUCCGGCCUUCAUUCAAAUGCAUUAUCAAGAUUUGCAAGCCCUAACCUAAACCUCAACUUCUCAGCCGACAGUGCCCGGCUAUUGUUAUCUAACGAAUUGGGUAAAGCACGUAUAUGGGAUAGGACUAAGUCUGUGCUCUGCAUCCUCCUCGAUGGCAUGAGUCUUCUAACCUACUCAGAGAGUGUGCCCGACCUCGUAAACGUUAUAUCUGCUUCCUCUGAACCUAAGCCAGCCUCCAAUUCUGAAGAAACGGGCCAUGCAAAGGAAACCGAUCCA